CGGCGAGCGGCUGGUCCCGGGGAUCUGAGCGGCGGGGCGCCCCGGGUUCCCCCCCUGAGGGGGCCUGGCCAGGGAGUGUCAACGCUUGAGUCUCCCGCAGCCGCCCCGCGGGGCGCCGUGGGGGCGGAUCCCCGCUUGCUCGAGUCCCGGGGAGGGCGGGGAGACAGGAGGGAGCCCUGAGCGGGGCCCCGCCCCGGGGCUCGUUCCGCGGGGGCGGGGAGCGAGGGCCGCUCCCGGCGAUCGGGAGCCUCUGCGGUGUCCUCUCCAGCGGCCGAGGUUCCUCAGCGCGCCGGGAGUCCCGAGCAAGGGGCGGCAGCGGCGGCCGUGGCCGGUGCAUGUGCGACCGCUGGAUGCGGAGGAGGCGGCGGCGGCGGCGAGGGGCAGCGGCGGCGGCAGGAUGUUGGGGCAGCAGCAGCAGCAGCAGGGGCAGCAGCAGCAGCUUUACCCGGCGGCCGCGCUGCUGAGCGGGGAGCGCAGCCGGCUGCUGACUUGCUACGUGCAGGACUAUCUCGAGUGCGUGGAGUCGCUGCCCCACGACAUGCAGAGGAACGUGUCGGUUCUGCGGGAGCUGGACAACAAAUAUCAAGAAACAUUAAAGGAAAUUGAUGAUGUCUAUGAAAAAUAUAAGAAAGAAGAUGAUUCAAACCAGAAAAAACGCCUACAACAGCAUCUCCAGAGAGCAUUAAUCAAUAGCCAAGAAUUAGGAGAUGAGAAAAUUCAAAUUGUCACACAAAUGCUCGAAUUGGUGGAAAAUCGAGCAAGGCAAAUGGAGCUACACUCACAGUGUUUCCAAGAUCCUGCUGAAAAUGAACGAGCCUCAGAAAAAGCCAAGAUGGAUUCCAGCCAACCAGAAAGAUCUUCAAGAAGACCCCGUAGACAGCGAACCAGUGAAAGCCGUGACUUAUGUCACAUGACUAAUGGAAUUGAAGACUGUGAUGAUCAGCCACCUAAGGAAAAGAAAUCCAAGUCAGCAAAGAAAAAGAAACGCUCCAAGGCCAAGCAGGAACGGGAAGCUUCACCUGUAGAGUUUGCAAUAGAUCCCAAUGAACCCACGUACUGUUUAUGUAACCAAGUGUCUUACGGGGAAAUGAUUGGAUGUGACAAUGAACAGUGUCCAAUUGAAUGGUUUCACUUUUCGUGUGUUUCACUUACCUAUAAACCAAAGGGGAAAUGGUAUUGCCCAAAGUGCAGGGGAGAUAAUGAGAAAACAAUGGACAAAAGUACUGAAAAGACAAAAAAGGAUAGACGAUCUAGGUAGUAAAGGCCAUCCACAUUUUAAAGGGUUGUUUGUCUUUUAUAUAUAAUUCUUUCCAAAUCUGCUUUCAGAAAAUGUUUUAGGGUAAAAUGCAUAAGACUAUGCAAUAAUUUUUAAUCAUUAGUAUUAAUGGUGUAUUAAAAGUUGUUGUACUUUG